AUGCUUAAAAUAGGAUAUCGUGAAAUGUUUACGGGUCUAAGGAUACCGUUGAAAAAUGAACUUUUAUUACAUCGAUCCUUCCAUACACUACCGGUGACUUUCUAUGCCAACCAGCAAAUUAGAACGAAUAAAAGGCCACCAAGGAUUAACCAAGAAGCUACUGUUAGCAGCACUAAAGUCUCUGGCGGAAACAGCAGUUCAAAUAAGGAAAACAUUGAUGUUAACCGUGGUAUUGAAACUCGUGAUAUAAAAGUUGGUGGUAACCCACACAAUGAAUCAAAGAAGCACAUUGGAUGGUUUAAGAAAGUAUUAAUUCUUACUGGAGGAACACUCUUUACAGCCUAUGCUUACGAUAACCUUUUUGGAGAUGGUAUUUCUAACCGUGUGAUUCGAUCGCUCUCAACUUUCCUACUUAUAUCGGUUGACUACAAGCUGAACUUCAAGAGCAGUAAGGAUGUUGCCGCCUUGCAUGAGCGAAACGCAAACAGGGUUUAUAAUUUGAUUAUCAACAAUAAGGGAAUGUAUAUUAAGAUGGGACAGAUGAUGGCAAUUCAAGGAUUCAUGUUUCCAAAGCAGUAUCAGGACAAGUUCAAGUUGAUGUUUGAUCAGGCACCAGAGGAGUCUUGGGAAACUUGCGACAACACAUUGAAGAAUGAGCUUGGUCAGGAUUAUAGGGAUGAGAUAUUUUCUUCUAUUGAUGAAACUCCUAUUGCCAGUGCAUCAAUUGCCCAAGUGCAUAAAGCUAUUUUGAAGAGAGAUGGACAGCAAGUGGCAGUGAAGAUUCAGAAAAGCACCGUGACAAAGCAGGUGGAUGCUGAUCUUUUGACAUAUAGGCUAGCAAUGAGACUGUAUCAGUGGAUAUUUGGUAUGCCCUUGAUGACAACUGCGAAAUAUGUGUGUAAAAAAUCUAGGGAAGAGUUAGAUUUUGAACAUGAGCUGCAGAAUGCCGACAGAAUCACGAAGUUAAUAGAUUCCGAUCCUGAGUUCAAAGAUAACGUGUAUAUUCCGAAAUACUACCCUGAAUAUUCAACGAAAAAGGUGUUGAUUGGCGAGUGGAUAGAUGGAGAUUCAAUUGGAAAGUACAAAAAGCUUGCUGACGAUGGAUAUGACAUUCAGAAACUUAUGAAUUCAAUCAUACGCGUUUAUUCCAGGCAGAUAUUUUCGUGGGGUGUAGUUCAUUGUGAUCUCCAUCCAGGAAACUUGCUUGUUCGAAUGAUACCAUCUCCACGAGGUGAUAAGAAGAAAAUUCAGCAGCUUGUGAUUCUUGAUCAUGGACUUUAUGAGAUAUUUGACGAUAAGUUUAAGCGCCAGUAUAGUGAAUUCUGGAAGUACACCAUGGAGAGAAACCAGGAGAAGGUGAUAAACGUGCUAAAAUCCUGGGGUAUUAAUCCAGACGAUAUGAUGAUGACAGCUAUCGGUAUGAAAGAUACAAAUUCAGAGGCUUUCAAGAAGAAAAUGGAAGAGAUCCAUCACAUGUCAUAUUAUGAUAAGCAGGUUAUGCUUAAGAAGGGAAUGCAGAACUUUUUUGACAACACAGACAUAUUUCCAAUGUGUCUUGUGUUUGUUAUGAGAAGUAUGCGUAUUGUUCAAGGCCUCAACCGGAACUUUGGAUCUCCAUGCAACAGAAUGGGAAUACUUGUCACAGAAGCAAAUAAAACUGUCGAUCUCUUUGAGCAGAUAUCGAAACCAUCAUUUCGCAGUUAUGCCAAAAAGUUGGAGCGGAAUAUUCUGGUUUUCAUUAUCAGACUUGCUACAUUCUUUACAUUCGAAAUCAAUAAACUUAUCCGGUUUAUAGUUGGAUGGCUACCUGCCUCUAGAGUUAAACAGAUAGCUGAUCUUGAGGAGAAAUACGAGAAGGAUUUGAUGCAGGCAGGUCAUUCUAUGGGAUUUGAAAGUAUUCCUAGUACUCAGGAUCUUUUGGAGCAAGAAUAA